AUGAGUACCUAUUUGUCACAUAAUCUCAGUCCCAACCUGACAAAAAGAUACAACGACUUACUUGGCAUCUUUAUCAAUAGCCAGAAACGUCCCGCAGAUGAAGAACUCUCCCCAUGCCGUCGUCAGAAGAUGAAGAAAUCCAACCGGGCCUUCGAAAUUAUUACCGGCGUCGGCAGUGAUGGACUGCCUUUCAUCAACCCCGAUAAUGGCAUCGCGAAGAACUUCAGCCGACUUCCCGUGGUCCGUAAGCUAGACUGGCGGGUCGACGCGACUGGCGAUCCUAUUAGGAGGGAACUGAAAGACGGAACAAGCUUCGUAGCUGCAUUUGGACAUACGCGGGGCGAGGAAGCUUCGAAACCGUGCAGCUUUUGCAGGACAGGCAAGGGGCCCUGGAAGUCUUGCGUUGUCAUCGCGGACCCUCUCAACCCAGACGCGAAACACAACGGUUAUUGCUCCAACUUCCCCCUGGUUUCGUCUGACAUUGAAGACGAAUUGCCGACUAUCCAUGAGCCUGAAGAUUACAACGACCCCAACUACGAGCCCUCUACCACAGCUGCAUCUUCGUUGGUGGGCAACGAUGGGAGCGAUGACGAGGACUUGCUGCUGCUUACAGGCUUGGCAAAUGGCGCGGUUCAGAAGUCGGCCUUAAGCACAAGACGAGCCCCUAAGGCAGCUGGGACAGUUGAGAAAAACAAGAGCGCCUUAUCCAAGACCUAUGUCCCACCACAAAGGGGAAAAUUGUCUCAACCAAGAGUCGUGAAGCAGGAACUGCAAAAUGGGUGUUUUAAGGGCACAAGAGGCGAUGUGUUAACCGUUCCUAUCGCACAGUCUCCUGCCAUUACCAGACCACCCCCCAAUAUCAAAAAGGCCUCCAGCUCUGCUACGCCGCCCUGUCGCGAAGUAGCUGUUCCAUUCCCCCUCGGCGCCGAUGCGUUCGACAAUCUGGAGCUUCUGAAGCUGGCCGAGGAGGAUAUUCUAGGGCAUAUCGACAAGAUCCGCAAGCGAAUCAAGGUGCUGGAGGCGCAGAAGAUGGAGCAUCAUGACCCUUGGGCUUAUGUUUGA